ACAUCACUUGUGCAGAGUGCCUGAGUCUGCGGUCCUCAUGACAGGUGACACAGGCCCCCCAAAGCUCAGCAGGACCAGAUAUGGUUCCAUCUCUAGCCCACCCAACCCGGGGUUACAGCAAGAACCUCCCGGAGGGACCUACCUGAGCAAGAAGAUCCCCAUCCCAGAUGCAGAACCGGGCACGUUCAGCCUGCGGAAGUUGUGGGCCUUCACGGGGCCCGGUUUCCUUAUGAGCAUUGCUUUCCUGGACCCAGGAAACAUCGAGUCGGAUCUUCAGGCCGGGGCUGUGGCUGGAUUCAAACUGCUCUGGGUACUGCUGUGGGCCACCGUGUUGGGCUUGCUCUGCCAGCGACUUGCUGCCCGGCUGGGCGUGGUGACAGGCAAGGACUUGGGCGAAGUCUGUCAUCUCUACUACCCUAAGGUGCCCCGCACCCUUCUCUGGCUGACCAUCGAGCUAGCCAUCGUGGGCUCAGACAUGCAGGAAGUCAUUGGCACAGCUAUCGCAUUCAAUCUGCUCUCAGCUGGACGAAUCCCACUCUGGGGUGGUGUCCUCAUCACCAUCGUGGACACAUUCUUCUUCCUCUUCCUCGAUAACUACGGGUUGCGGAAGCUGGAAGCCUUUUUUGGAUUUCUUAUUACCAUUAUGGCCUUGACCUUCGGCUAUGAGUAUGUGGUGGCACGUCCUGCUCAGGGAGCACUUCUUCGGGACCUGUUCCUGCCCUCGUGCCCUGGCUGUGGCCAGCCCGAGCUGCUGCAGGCCGUGGGCAUCAUUGGCGCCAUCAUCAUGCCCCACAACAUCUACCUGCACUCAGCCCUGGUCAAGUCUCGAGAGAUAGACCGGACCCGCAGGGCAGACAUCCGAGAAGCCAACAUGUACUUCCUGAUUGAAGCCGCCAUCGCACUGUCUGUCUCCUUCUUCAUCAACCUCUUUGUUGUGGCUGUCUUUGGGCAAGCCUUCUACCAGCAAACCAACCAGGCUGCGUUCAACGUCUGUGCUAACAGCAGCCUCCACGACUACGCCAAGAUCUUCCCCAGGAACAACCUUACAGUGGCGGUGGACAUUUACCAAGGAGGCGUGAUCCUAGGCUGCCUCUUUGGCCCCGCAGCCCUCUACAUCUGGGCGGUGGGUCUGCUGGCCGCCGGGCAGAGCUCCACGAUGACCGGCACCUACGCGGGACAGUUUGUGAUGGAGGGCUUCCUGAAGCUGCGGUGGUCACGCUUCGCCCGAGUCCUGCUCACUCGCUCCUGUGCCAUCCUGCCCACCGUGCUCGUGGCAGUCUUCAGGGACCUGCGGGACCUGUCAGGCCUCAACGACCUGCUCAACGUGCUGCAGAGCCUGCUGCUUCCCUUCGCUGUGCUGCCCAUCCUCACGUUCACCAGCAUGCCCGCCCUGAUGCAGGAGUUUACCAAUGGCCUGGUGAGCAAGGCCUUCACUUCUUCCAUCAUGGUGCUCAUCUGUGCCAUUAACCUCUACUUUGUGGUCAGCUACUUGCCCAGCCUACCCCACCCUGCCUACUUCAGCCUUGUGGCACUGCUGGCCGCAGUCUACCUGGGCCUCACCAUCUACCUGACCUGGACCUGUCUCAUCACCCAUGGAGCCACCCUUCUGGCCCACGGUUCCCACCAACACUUUCUGUAUGGGCUUCCUGAAGAGGAUCAGGAGAAGACCUCUGGAUGA